CUGUCAUCUUCAUUUCAGCAUUUUACUACAAGAGGCUUGUCGUAGAUGUGUGUAUUUUGUAUUCCAACUUAAAUCAAAAUGAGGGAAAUUGUACAUCUGCAGGCUGGACAGUGUGGGAAUCAAAUUGGAGCCAAGUUUUGGGAAGUGAUAAGUGACGAACAUGGCAUUGACCCCACUGGAACGUACCACGGGGAUAGCGAUCUUCAGUUGGAGAGAAUCAAUGUGUACUACAACGAAGCAACAGGAGGAAAGUAUGUUCCCCGUGCAGUGUUGGUGGACUUGGAGCCUGGCACCAUGGACUCCGUGAGGUCGGGUCCAUUUGGACAGAUUUUUCGACCUGAUAACUUUGUCUUUGGCCAAAGUGGUGCAGGAAACAACUGGGCCAAGGGCCAUUACACAGAGGGGGCAGAGCUAGUGGAUUCAGUCCUGGAUGUGGUGAGAAAGGAGGCAGAGAGCUGUGACUGUCUCCAGGGCUUCCAGCUUACCCACUCCCUGGGUGGGGGUACUGGCUCUGGCAUGGGCACUUUACUCGUUAGUAAGAUACGUGAAGAGUACCCCGAUCGCAUCAUGAACACAUUUAGUGUGGUACCUUCGCCCAAAGUAUCAGACACUGUGGUCGAGCCCUACAACGCCACUCUCUCCGUCCACCAGCUGGUGGAAAAUACAGAUGAGACCUUCUGCAUCGACAAUGAGGCUCUUUAUGAUAUCUGCUUCCGCACUCUCAAACUUACCACACCCACAUAUGGUGACCUCAACCACUUGGUUUCUGCCACAAUGAGCGGAGUCACCACAUGCCUUCGCUUUCCUGGUCAGCUCAACGCUGACCUCCGCAAACUGGCUGUCAACAUGGUACCUUUCCCCCGUUUGCACUUCUUCAUUCCAGGAUUUGCCCCCCUUACAAGCAGGGGGAGCCAACAGUAUCGUGCCCUGACAGUGCCAGAGCUCACCCAGCAAAUGUUUGAUGCCAAGAACAUGAUGGCAGCCUGUGACCCUCGCCACGGGCGUUACCUGACCGUUGCAGCUAUCUUCCGGGGUCGCAUGUCCAUGAAGGAGGUGGACGAGCAGAUGCUGAAUGUGCAGAACAAAAACAGCAGCUAUUUUGUGGAGUGGAUCCCAAACAACGUCAAGACUGCUGUGUGUGACAUCCCACCCCGUGGUCUCAAGAUGGCCGCCACCUUCAUCGGCAAUAGCACAGCCAUUCAGGAGCUGUUCAAGCGCAUCUCUGAGCAGUUUACUGCUAUGUUUCGGCGCAAGGCCUUCUUGCACUGGUACACCGGCGAGGGCAUGGAUGAGAUGGAGUUCACUGAGGCUGAGAGCAACAUGAACGACCUGGUGUCUGAGUACCAGCAGUACCAGGAUGCCACUGCUGAGGAAGAGGGCGAGUUUGAGGAGGAAGGAGAGGAGGAGCUGGCUUGAGGAGGAAGGAAAGGAGCAGCUGGCUAAAUACAUGUCCAAGUACUUUACUUGCUUUCAGGAUUCCUGUUUGUCAGUCUGUCUCUUUUUAAAAUUUAAAUUUUGGCAUUCAUAAUCUCUUUUGACCAAAUAUCUACUUUCAUGGCAAUGCCUUGUGAUUGCCAUUUGUUCCAUCCUUUACUCCACUUUCACCUUCACUUUGUUGCAGUAAAAGGUAAUACUUUGACGCUUGCAUUAUGCCAACUGUUGGCAGGUUCAACAAAUUAAAAAACUUCUCAUUUGACAGUAAAGCUAAAGAUUUUACUAAACAAAAAUUCAAGUGUUUUGCUUUUCGCAAAUCAUUUGAUGUUACCUCAAUGGCCAUUUAAUUUGACAAAAUCUGUUCUUGAGUGUUUUAACGGAAUCUGAGCAUAACCGAGUAGCAUAGACAAUGCUGCAUAAUAAAAUGACUGUUCUCUCAAAUCCACUCUUCCCUUGAUUUCUGUCGCCAGCUUAAGAAUUUAAAUUCUGCACAUCAGUGUCAAUGUCCUGUUCCUGUAUUCAACAUCUCUUAAAAUGUACUUAAUGUACAAAUAUUUUCUACAAAACAAUGUAAGGCAACAACAAGCAAUGGCAACUCUCAUCCAGUAGAUGGAGCUGUCAUAUCGCAGAUAAAUUAAAGAUGGAUGAAGCGUCAUGAUAUUACGAUACCCAAAGUUGUAAGAUUGUAACUCAACACACCAGAAGACUACACACCAGAAGACAUUGUAAGUGAUGGGCCUCCUAUCAGAAGAUAUGUCCCAGUAGUUUUCUAUUAUAGCCAAUUAUCUUCAUAAAAAUGCUUUACGGUCAGUAAUAUAAAAUUGGUAUAGACAACUUGAAGGCUACAAAAUUCCAUCUUAAAAGUGAUUCUAUGCAGAAUAGCUGUAUGGCUCCAUUUAGAAUCCUUAUGCUAUAUGAGUUCUCCAUGUUUGCUUGCAGUGAAAAACUACAUGUAAUGUUUUCCCUCCCAUAGGCGGAGCGCUUAGCCUACUUUGGGUCAGUUUUGUACUGUUGCAUUACAGCUUUUCUCCAUUGAUUUGACACGUGUCUAAACUCGGGUAAUGGCUCUCAAAGUUAAUACAGUGAUCUGAACACUUAUUUUAAUUGUCCUAAACAGAUUACAUUUUCUAGUGCACAGUGCCCAUGAUGCAGUCGGUGACAUACACAUAUUUCUGGAAUUAAACAUAGUGAUUCUUCAGUGGUUUUGGUACCUACAUUUCUGUCAUCACAAUUGAAAUUCUCAAAGUACUUGUUUAACCUCCAUCAUCUAGUCAAUUAAGCACAUGAAAGCAAUUGCCAAUGCUCUGGUACAUUCAUGCAAAUGAUUAUACAGUCAAAAAUGGUCUGCUCUUUCCUACAUUAUCAAUUGCUUCGGUUAAAUUAUAUAUUGACGUGUUAUACAUGUUCUCUAUUAAAUUGUCUUACUCCCA